AUGGAGUCUGGUGCCAUACCUGAUGACAGCAUCACUGCAUCUUCCAACAGAGGCACUGGUUACGAGUCCUACCGUGCACGGUUGAACGGAGUGACUGGCUGGGGCUCCUGGCAGCCGAGUAACAAUAACAUCGGACAAUGGUUGCAGGUGGAUUUAGGAGAGAUGAAGCGCGUCAUUGGGACCGUUAUCCAAGGUCGCCACUGGCGAUUCUUUUACUGGGUGACGUCGUACAAACUACAGUACAGUGGAGAUGGGGCCAGUUGGACGACAUACACUGACAGCGAUGGCUCAGAAAUGGUUUUUACAGGCAACACGGACGUGACCACACCUGUAACGAAUCUACUGGACAGCCCAGUUGAAGCCCGUUAUGUGCGCUUCUACCCUCAGUCCUGGGAAACGGCUAUGGCCAUGAGGGUGGAGAUUCUUGGCUGCAAAUUAAACAGCAACACGGACCAGAGCACUCCUGUUACUAACCUAUUGAACAACCCCAUCGCUGCCCGUUAUGUGCGCUUCUACCCGCAGUCCUUUAAUGGUUACAUCGCCAUGAGGGUGGAGAUUCUAGGCUGCAACACUAACACAACAUUGCUAUGGAGGCUGAGCCUCGAUGAUGCCGGGUUGAGUCAUCUCACCGUUUCCUGGAGAGUCGAGGGGAGUCUUCCGGUCUCGCGCUACAGUCUCCGCUACCAGCCGGCAGACGGGUCGGGCUCGUACCAGGACCUCUCCCCCGCACCAGGAGCGGACGCCACCUCGGCAACAGUGCAGGGACUGCUGGCCGACACGGAAUACACCCUCAUGCUGACUUCUUUUGGCGAGGACGACCAACCAAACGGACUUAUCAACGGGACAUACACCACAGUCUGCCAGCGUAAGCUUGGGAUGGAAUCUGGCACCAUACCCGAUGACAGCAUCACUGCAUCUGCCGUCUGGAGCAUGACAUUGAUAUCGGGACUGAGCCUCGAUGAUGCCGCGUCUGGUCAUCUCACCGUUUCCUGGAGAGUCGUAGGGAAUCAUCCGGUCUCGCGCUACAGGCUCCGCUACCAGCCGGCAGACGGGUCGGGCUCGUACCAGGAGCUGUGUCCCGCGCCAGACGUAGGAGCCACCUCGGCAACAGUGCAGGGACUGCUGGCCUACACGGAAUACACCCUCACGCUGACUUCUUUUGACGAGGACGACCAACCAAACGGAGCUAUCAACGGAACAUUCACCACAGUCUGUCGGGUUCCACUUGGGAUGGAGUCUGGUGUCAUACCUGAUGGCAACAUUACGGCAUCUUCGACCAAACGUAAUGAUUACUUGCCUUACUACGCACGGUUACACGGACUAGCAGGUUUGGGCUGCUGGGUACCGCGUAGCAACAACAUCGGACAAUGGCUGCAGGUGGAUUUAGGGGAGAUGAAGCGCGUCACUGGGACCGUUAUCCAGGGCCAACAAUGGGCAUAUCCACAAUGGGUGAAGUCGUACAAACUCCAGUACAGUGCGGAUGGGGCCAAUUGGACGACAUAUAAUGGCAGCGAUGGCACAGAAAUGGUGUUUACAGGCAACACUGACAAUACCACGCCUGUAACAAACCUACUGGACACCCCCAUUGAUGCCCGUUAUGUGCGCUUCUAUCCUCAGUCAUGGCAAGGUGCUAUCUCCUUGAGGGUGGAGAUUAUUGGCUGCUGUAUUGACAUGUGUCCAAUACCAGGCUACGUUAGUUUUAACGGGGUUUGCUACAAGGCCUUUACUGAGUAUAAAAACUACGUUGGCGCUAGACAGAGGUGUGCCGAAGACGGAGCACUGCUAGCCAUGCCGAAGGACAGUGCCACAAGCGCUUUCAUACACGACUUCGUAGACAGUGAAACACGUUGGAUUGGGCUGACUGAUAUCGAGACAGAGGGCCAGUGGAUAUUUGAAGACGGACAGACUCUUGUGUCCUCCGGCUAUAGCAACUGGAGACGGAAUGAGCCGAGCAGUGGCACUAUUGAAAACUGUGCUGCAAUUUACGGUAAUGAGAACCUCUGGAUUGAUGCAAAGUGCAGCAUUUUUCGUGGAUUCAUCUGUCAGCUGGCAUGUUCCAUUACGAAGUUCGGCGAUGGCGUUCACAGGCCAGUGACGAGAGAUCUUCCUCUCGUCGUCUCCACGCCCUUCAUCUUUGAGGUCAAGGUCAACACCAGUGGGGCAGACAUGACUUCGUCUGAAGAGUUCCGACGGUUCUGGAUCUGCUGGUCGAAAGGCGGGAGUUUUGGUGUCGGCAGGAGUGGAGAUGUCGAGCCCUUCAUGAGCUGGACAGACCCUCAGCCUUUCAUCACUGACAUCAGCCGUGUAGGAACAUUCAACAACAACAUCAACAACUGUAACUACAACGCCUGCUACAACUCCUAUUACAACUGCAACUACAACCCUGACUACUUCAGCUCGUAUCACGAACCAAGACACUUCCACCAUGUAUCUGAUGCCUACAACAAGCUCAACAACAGCCAACUUGAUGAUGGAGAAUCCUCUGAUUACUUGGAUGACGAACUUUCCACCGAGAGCAUGUCGCCCACGACCACACUCCCCACCCUGGUGCCCAGUACACCUCAACCUUCUGCUUUACUCACUACUCAAGCAUGGUCAACACAACCGCCAUUUCUAAUAGAGGUGAUUGGGGAAACGAGAGAUCUGCUGCAGCUGCUGGAUGCGGCAGCAGACAGACUGUUGGAGGAGGCACCACCGGAAGGAGAAAGUACGUACUUCCGGUCUGACGGUGUGAUGACGGCGGUGAAGAAGGGCAUCCCUGAUGUCGGUGCCGUGCCUAUCGGCCAGGAUGUCGGGUCUGUCGUGUUUACCAAGCAGGACAACCUUCCUAAGGGCUCCACUAUGAAAGUCGUGGCAUUUGUCAAGGAUCCAUUUGUCUGGAGUGUCGAGAAAACCGAGGUAUCCUCAUCAGUUGUCAUGGUGACAAUCACCAAGGAUACGGAUGACGUCGAUGGAAAUCCAUCGAACAUCACCGUUAUCGUCAAACAGAAAGUACAGUUUGGGAUCACGAGCGACACAGAACAACAGUACCACGAGACCCUGCCCACAUCGUACAGGCAGAACCUUGCUGAUGCCGGCAGGUCGUCCUUCCCUCUGUCCAAGGUCCCUGACGUCACGGACAUGACGUAUCACGCCAUGUACAUCUCUGACGUAGGUCAAGUUCCUUUGAUCAGAUUCACCGUCGAUGACGUCGACUCAGAGCUGCAGGUGUACUUCCGGUUUCACGACUUCCCCACGGAGGAAGAGUUCGACUACACCACAACUGUCAAGCCUCCUGAGGUGACUGAUUACGACGGUUUUGACAUGCCGUACGGUCUGGUUUACUCCAGUUUUAAUACAUCAAUAGUUCCGGAGAUCCAAAAGGAACGAGGAUGGCUCUUCGUUGGAGUAAAGACAAUAGGCGGAGACCUGCCUCAAACUGGACUGAGAAGACUGCUAACGUCAGCGGUCCGUGCGACAGCGCCCCCUGCCGACUCUGCAGGGUUUGUGCUGCAGUCUGCAGUAGUCUCCUGUCUGCUGCGGGAAAUGGACAACCACACCUGGGACAGCCGCAGCUGCAAGAGCCACGCCGCUAGGGCAACUGUAGUGGCCGACAGCCUUGCCCUUGGACACGCAGCGAAGCUCGCCACAGCAAACCCCAGACUGGCGACGGUCGUUCCCAGCGUCUCCACCAUCCCGUCAGAAGUUCCCGGUGCGGAGUACGUGUACGUGGUGUGUGUCCGUACGGGAACACAGCCUGAUGCCGGCACGGCGUCUGUGGUCGGGCUCAUCAUCACAGGGGCACAGGGCAGGACACCCAUGGUCACUCUCAACCCUGAUGGCUUGAUCCUGGCCAGAGGUGGUGACACGUACCACAUCAUGUCGACUCCCUCCUCCAUCGGCCAGCUCCAGUCUGUACAGGUCUGGCACGACGGCUCCGGGAAGGGCAACACGGAGUCACUCUUCAUAGACAACAUCAAGGUCUGGGACACACAGACAUCACAGGGAUUCUAUUUCCCGUGUAACACCUGGCUCUCCUCCAGCAAAGGAGACGGCAGGACCAUCAGGACAAUGAGGGCAGCUCCUGUUGGGGAAAUGUGGAUGUCAGACUACAACCUACCGACGUUUUCGUACCUUCUGUACGACGACCACCUGCUGUUGUCAGCUGUGUGUAACUCCGGUGUGAGACACUUCAGCCGGGCACAGCGGAUGGUGUGCUGCCUGACGCAGAUCACCCUGUGGAUGGUGGGCAGCGCCAUGUGGUACGGCUUCAAACUUGGCGCCGGCGAUGUCGUUUUGCUAGACGCUGGCUUCGUCACUUUCCGCCUUUCGGAACUGGCUGGUGUUGCAGCAACAUCGUUCACGGUGUUCCUGCCAGUUUACGCCAUCCUUGUGCCGAUGUUUCGCACGCAGCGUCCAUUGGUAGAACAGAUCCCAUCGGGUCUGUUUGAAACGCCGACAUCUUCAUCCACCUGGCGAUUACCGCUGAAGACGGUAGCGUGGAUCCUCGCCAUCCUGACGUCUGUCGGCAGCAGCCUGUUCGUGAUCGUGUACAGUCUGCAGUUUGGAGCCGAGAGGAGCCAAGCCUGGCUGAAGGACUUUGUCCUGGCCUUCAUGUUUUCUACAUUCGCACUUGAGCCCAUUCAGGCUGUUCCUGCUCGGAGGGUUUUGCCACCAGCCCCGAAGAAAACCGACCAUGACCCGAACUGGACCGAGAGGAUGACUCAGGGUAGAAACAUCCUGGUCCUCCUGGUGUUCCUGCUGAUCUUCACCGGCAAUGCCUUCUACAUCGGCGUCCUGGGCUUCGACAGACACGCCUACUACGUCAGGACUUCACUGGAGAACAGCCUGCUGUCUGGAUAUGACGAGGUGACCACAGCAGACGGUGCCUGGGAGUGGCUGUCGUCUGACCUGAUGCCGUCCCUCCACCCGGAGCGCGGGUACAGCGGGAAGAUUCUCAGGUGGCUGGACAAACAGUUUCCGGCUGGAACCAACGCCUUCCGGAUCGGACCGGUUCGCCUGGAGAGAAAAACCGAGUAUAAAGAGAACCCAAUAGACAUAGAUCUCGAGCACAGUGGUCAAAAGCUCUAUCCUGAGCUGCAGAUGUUUCUACAAAAUAAAGCUGUUGGCCGACAGAACGGACGGAACUGUUCUCACAAUGGGACUACAAGUAUUGUCAAUGAAGUCAGAAACGGCACUUCAGUGUGCUUCACCACAGUAGACCUGCCCCAGGACGCUGACCAGGCUGCUGCAGUGAUAGACUUCCUAAAACAGACCCACUGGAUCCUGGUGGUUUCAGACACUCUCAAAAUCCGGAUCAACUUCUACCACCCUGACGUGAAGCUGUUCAGCACCGUGGCCAUCACCCUGCAGUACCUCCCAGGAGGCGCUGCUGAGAUGCAGCCCACUAUCCACACCUUCCGGCUGUUCCAGUACGAAACAGCACACGACUUCGUCCAGAUGAUUUUUCACAUCGUCUUCGUUCUUGUCUACAUCUACAACUUGUUUACCGAGAUUUUGAACGUACAGAAGAGCGGCCGUCUUUACUCCGUCAGUUUUUGGAACAUCCUGAUGCUGUGCAACAUCAGCAUGUCCACAGCCGUCAUUGUAACAUUCGCGCUUCGGUACCUCCAGACUGCUGCUGCUUUGGAUGACAUACAGCAGGCAAAAGGACUUCUCGGCAUCCAUGAGUUUGUGGACAUCAGCACCGCCAGCCAAUGGGACGCGACCUUCAAGGCUGUCCUGUCCUUCUCCAUCUUCCUCAGUACCGUCAGCAUCCUGCGUGUUCUCAACUUCUCCAGGGGCGUGGCGACCGUCUACGCACUGCCUCGGCUGAUAUACGGGGAAGCCCUCGGGUUCUCCGUGUACAUGCUGGUUGUUAUAGUGGCCUACAGCUUCAGCGGGAUCCUCAUAUUCGGCAAGAACAUGGAGAGCUUCUCCGGCUUCAAGAAAACGUCGUACGUGCUGUUUGAGAUGGGGCUGGGGAGGCCGUUCGUCGGUGUCUUUGCGGACGAUAUGAAGGCAGUGGAUCGUGUCAUGGGACCUCUGUACUACUCUACAUUCGUCAUCAUCUUCAUUUUUUACCUGAUGAACCUGGGAGUAGGGAUGUUGUGUAACUGGCUGAGUUACUGUCAGACGUCUGACGACAUUGACGUGGACACCGCCAUGGGAGAUUACUUCUGGAACUCCUUCAGGAGUCUUCUGGGCAUGCGCCACGAGUCCCAAGACGCAGACGAUGAAGCGCCACUUCCGGACCACUUUGUGAAUGAGACCCUCCAGCGGACGGAUACGGUACUGCAGGAAGUUGACCUGAUGACUGACGUUAUGUACCGGUUUGAGUGCAAAAAACGAGGUUUCAAAUCAACAACGGAUUCAUAUGCUUAA